UGCACUUGCCACUUGGCACCGUUCGCCUCAAAAGAAAAUGCACUGGUCAUUGGUCAACGGUGAUCGACGGAGCUGAGUCCUCCCUCGUAGGAGUAUUCUAGUGCGAGUGAAUCGCUGCAUGCCUUUGCAAUCAAGGAAGCAACACACCAUUCGAACAGCUCUGCAGCUCCCAAUCCGCCACUGCAGGCAGCAACCAAGCAGGCAAGCAUGGCGGCUUCCAUCUCCGGCAAGUCCCCGCGUUUCAAGAUCAUACUCGGAUCGUCGUCGCCGGCGCGCCGCGAGAUCUUGGCCGACAUGGGAUACGAGUUCACCGUCAUGAGCGCUGACAUAGACGAGAGGGCCAUCCGGAUGGAGGAACCAGAGCAGCUGGUCAAGGCCUUGGCUGAAGCCAAGGCUGAGGCCAUCAAACAGAAGCUUCAGGGCGACUCUGCUCCAGACAGUGACCAGCCUGCCCUUAUGAUCACCUCAGACCAGGUUAUGGUGAGCAAAGGAAUUAUAAGGGAAAGGCCACGGAGUGCAGAAGCAGCCAGGGAAUUUAUCAAGGGGUAUUCGGAUGAUCGAGCAUUUGCAGUUAACUUUGUUCUUGUGACCAACCUGAGCACCGGGGCUACAAAAGGAGGAUGGGACAUUCCUGAGAUCAAGUUUCAGCACAUACCGGACGAGUUCAUCGACACAGUGGUUAAUCAGGGCGACAUGACCUGCGUCGCCGGCGGGCUUAAGCUGACACAUCCGUCAGUACAGCCAUUCAUCAAAGAACUGGUCGGCACGGUGGAUAGCGUUCGAGGUCUUCCACGGGAGCUCACCGAGAAGCUUAUUGGAGAAUUGCUGCAAGAAGAAUGAUUUGUUUUGCAAGCAGAAAUUUGUUGAGUUUUGCUAAAACAACUUCGAUAUAGGUUACUUAUUAGUCGUCUCCUAAAAACACCUAAAAGAUAGUUCUGGAGUUGGACUCAGGAGUCAGGAGUCACUUGAUGUGUACCAUGUGACCACGUGUUAAUUAGCACGUUUCUUUUAAAUCCAUUAAGGGCAUGUUUAGUUCCCCAUAGAAUACAAAAUGUCAACUAAUUUGGAACGAUGAAAUACAAAAUGUUACAAUUUU